AAACAGAACAUUGUCAUUAUUUGAGUUUGCUGAACAUCAAUGGCAUCAGCAUUAUCUUCUCUCUCCUCCACCUCUUCUUCACUGUUGCAACACACCUUCACAGGAAACUCGAAGGCUCCUACUCAGUUUCCCAACACAAGUGUGCGCUUUUUGGUCUUUGCUCAAAAGAAGGCAAAGAAAACCCGAAAGAUUAUUUUGAAGGAAGAUGUGGCUGAUGUGGGAAAGCAAGGACAACUUCUUGAUGUGAGGGCUGGGUUUUUCAGAAAUUACCUGCUUCCUAUGGGAAAGGCGCAAAUUGUUACUCCUCAGUUGCUCAAGGAAAUGAAGAUAGAAGAAGAAAGAAUUGAGGCUGAGAAAAGACGGGUAAAAGAAGAGGCACAGCAACUUGCUCUAAUUUUUGAAACUGUUGGGGCUUUCAAGGUGAAGCGUAAAGGCGGUAAAGGAAAACAAAUUUUCGGAAGUGUCACUGCUCAAGAUCUUGUGGACAUAAUCAAGGCACAGCUUCAAAGGGAGGUGGACAAGAGAAUUGUUGAUCUUCCAGAGAUCCGGGAAACAGGAGAAUAUAUUGCAGAGUUAAAGCUUCACCCAGAAGUUACAGCUAGAGUGAGGGUGAAUGUUUAUGCUAACUAAGCACUAGUAUAUUGAGAAGUUCCUGUGCUAAAUGGACAAUUUGGAGCUAACAACUUGCAUAGUUGAAGGUUCAUAACCAUCUUAUGUUGAUAAAUCUUCAUACUUCAAGCUUCAUACAGCCUGAUGCUUGAAUGACUGUGGGAAAUGUUACUUAUGUCAACAUUUUGUUUUGUUCAUACCCCAUUCUUCAAUGUCUAUUCAUUUUUGAAGACAAUGUUUGUAAUGUACUACUUUAUUGAUGGUAAAAUGUUUUUUUUUUUUGGGGUCCUUCAUUGGCCUGGCCCUGGUGAGCAUGAAAAUGGAAUAUGAAGUGAACCUAUAUUUUUAG